ACGAAAAAGAUCCACGACCUCAUAACAGUCAAUCACGAAAAAGAUCCACCUCAUAAUCACGAAAAACCUCGCAAGAGAUCACAAAGAUCUCUUCUGGCUUCAAAGUUCUUAUCCUUAUAUUUUUACAGAGAGACUGUUAUUCUUCCCUGUUUAACUUCAUACGUCGAGCUACUCACGUGCUUAACUAAGUAGACCAUUUUUUCCAUUUUUAUCUCCCUCUAGAAAGGUAGCAAAAAUGGCGAAGGGCAUCAGAAGUAAGAUUAAGAAGCGGUUUCGUACCGUGAAACGACAGAGGGUCGAGAAGAUGAUCGAUCUCCCUAGAAGGGAAGCAUCCAAUGCAGCUUUGGCGAAGCUGAUGAGGGGAGAGGUAUUUUUAGCUAGUCUUGUUCUUCUGUGCUGGAUUGAUAGUGAGCUCAACUUCUUCGCAUGACUCAGUCUAGUUUCAACACAAGAAGCACGACAACAAAUAUCAAGCUCAAUCUAAAUUCUCAACCCCAGGCAAGACCAGUGAAGCAAGUAAAGAACGCUUUUCUAUUCCCCAUGGACCCGGACGCAGAAAUUCCACAGAAGUGUGUGAAAAAACCGAUCGAUUUCAGAGCUGAAACUUUGCCGAUGGUAUUGAUGAUUAUUCGAUGUCGGAAAUUAUGACUCUUCUCUAACUACUCUAAUAAAUAGAUGGAGCUAAUUCUCUCGUCCUCUGAGUUCAUCAUUAUGUCACAAGACGACCACUUGUAAUAUCUCUAAUAACGAAACCUCCAUUAAUAUCUACUUCUACUUCCUUACACCAUCCUCACAGAGCGGCUUCGCCCUGAAAGGCAACCGAAGAAAAUACACGGAGGACGAAAAAGCAGACCUGAAGGCGCUCUCCAGAGACCACCCAGACCAAAAGAUUCUCGCAGGCAAGGGCGUCCUUCCGGCUAGUAGUUGCAAGAUUGGCGGAGAACAGCUAGGUGCUUCAGUGCUAGGAGCCAUUGUGGGAGUGUCUGGUACUACGACUAAGCCAGCAAAGGAAUCAAACGACGACAAGAUGGAGACCAACUCCGAUGAAGAAGAAGAAAUCAUGCGACAGAAGAGUGAGCAAGCGGCUACACUGCGUCAGACAACGGGUGAUGGCGUCGUGGAUAUGGACAACAUGGAGAGCAAGAAGAAUCGUAAAGCAGUCGACACUAGUCGUAGGCCCGUUGUGAAAAAAUCGACAGGCAGUGCUGCAACUGGCUCAAAGAAUGCUAGCGGAAAGAAGAAGACCCAGAGAAUCAACAAGUUUAGAGGAGCGAGUAAGAAGAAGUAAACAGCAGGUUCUACUCAGCUGCACGUGCAAGAAUCGAUGAUGUGAAGAUGAACAUGCUUUCUGAAGAUACAGCAGCAAAACUACAGCACACAAGAACUGGCGCUGAAGACGCCAGCGCCACUACCUUUACAACUACAUCCUGAUAUGUUGCAACUAGAACUAUAUGAUGUGCGCCUGCACUAAAAACGGCAGGUAGGAGGAGAAAAAAACGAAUAAGGAACAAAUAGUAGAUCGCCA